AUGGGGUUCCUUUGGACCGGCACUUGGAUUGUGGUGUUGGUGCUCCACAGCAGCCCAAUUCAAGCUUUCCCCAAACCGGCAGGCAGCCAAGACAAACCCCUACAUAAUAGAGAAUUAAGUGCAGAAAGACCUCUGAAUGAGCAGAUUGCUGAAGCAGAAGCAGACAAGAUUAAAAAAACAUACCCUUCAGAAAACAAGCCAGGUGAGAGCAAUUAUUCCUUUGUUGAUAACUUGAACCUGCUAAAGGCUAUAACAGAAAAGGAAAAGAAUGACAAAGAAAGACAGUCCGUAAAAAGUUCUCCAAAUGAUAAUAAAUUGAACCUGGAAGAUGUUGAUUCAACCAAGAAUCGAAGACUGAUUGAUGAUUAUGAUUCUACUAAGAGUGGACUGGAUCAUAAAUUUCAAGAUGAUCCAGAUGGCCUUCAUCAACUAGAUGGAACUUCUUUAACUGCUGAAGACAUUGUCCAGAAAAUUGCUACCAGGAUUUAUGAGGAAAAUGACAGAGGAGUAUUUGACAAGAUCGUUUCUAAACUGCUGAAUCUUGGCCUAAUCACAGAAAGCCAGGCACACACACUGGAAGAUGAAGUUGCAGAGGUUUUACAAAAACUGAUCUCUAAGGAAGCCAACAAUUAUGAAGAGGAACUCAGUAAGCCAACAAACAGGACUGAGAAUCAGGCCGGAAAAAUACCAGAGAAAGUGACUCCAAUGGCAGCAAUUCAAGAUGGUUUUGCUAAUGGAGAAAAUGACGAAACAGUAUCUAACACCUUAACCUUGACGAAUGGCUUGGAAAGGAGAACUAAAACCUACAGUGAAGACAACUUUGAGGAACUCCAGUAUUUCCCAAACUUCUAUGCACUACUGAAAAGUAUUGAUUCAGAAAAAGAGGCAAAAGAGAAAGAAACCCUGAUUACUAUCAUGAAAACGUUGAUUGACUUUGUGAAGAUGAUGGUAAAAUAUGGCACCAUAUCUCCAGAAGAAGGUGUUUCCUACCUUGAAAACUUGGAUGAAACAAUUGCUCUUCAGACCAAGAACAAGCUAGAAAAAAAUGUUACUGACAAUAAGAGCAAGCUUUUCCCAGUGCCAUCAGAGAAGAGUCAUGAAGAAACAGACAGUACCAAGGAAGAAGCUGCUAAGAUGGAAAAGGAAUAUGGAACCUUGAAGGAUUCCACAAAAGAUGAUGACUCCAGCCCAAGAGGAAAGAUAGAUGAGCCAAAAGGGAAAACAGAAGCCUAUUUGGAAGCCAUUAGAAAAAAUAUUGAAUGGUUGAAGAAACACAACAAAAAAGAAAAUAAAGAAGAUUAUGACCUUUCAAAGAUGAGGGACUUCAUCAACCAACAAGCUGAUGCUUAUGUGGAGAAAGGCAUCCUUGAUAAAGAAGAAGCCGAUGCCAUUAAGCGUAUUUACAGCACCCUGUAA